AUGGACGACUCUUUCGAAUUAGAUAUUCUGUGUAAAUAGAACCCUAACAACUUAUUUCUGUAAAAAGAAACUGAGAUUGUUAAUUAUCUUAGAUCUUUGGGAAUCAAAAUGAAAACUGAUCCUACAAUCAAAUAGGAAUUAUUCCACUCUAAACGAAAACAACAAUUCACAAAGUCAAACACAACCUAAUUUGACAUCAUUAGCAUUAAGCAAUUGGAAAUUUCAUCAAAUUCAAUUAAAUCUCGCAGAACACCCUCCCAUACACCUCAAAGUUCCCCCUUAAUGAUUAAUUAAGAAAAUGUUGGGCAAACUAGAAAGUCAAUCUUCUCUAUCAGAUUAGAUGGUUUUGGAGAUGAAAAUUUAGAAGAUGAGGUAGGAGACUAUUUUACUAAUAUGUGA